UCCCCCUGGCUGGCAAAAAGUUACAAAUGGUCGAAGUUAUGGCAGCGAGUAGUGGCGGAGUCGAUUGGUCUCUCGUUUUGAAGCCGUUUUUAUCGCCGAAUUACGAAAGUUCGAACUUGACAGAACUCAUAGAACUGUGCUCUACCAUCGUGAAAAGUGAAUCGGAGAUUUGGAGACACAAAGAAACCCAUAAGAAUUUCUACAAUACAUUCACGGUCCUUGCAGCGGAUUACAUUAGCAGUAGCAUAUCGAAAUUAUCAGGCAGUCAAUUAGAAACAGCCAGUGCGGCAUGUAGAGUUCUCCUAAAAUACUUGCUCAAUGCUCUGCAGAGCGCCAGCAGCGAGCAGUAUCAGGACAGUGUGGCUAUAGAGCGCUACUUGAACGCAGUAAAAGUCCUCUGCAAAGGCACCGGGUUGCUCAGUACCACCGAAGUGUCUAGUCUAGUUGAUACAAUGAAAGGAGAAAAUUUACCCCAACAGACCAACGUGUCUGCAAGCGGAAAUGACAAGGAACCUAGUAAUAAGCAAGAGUCUACAAAAAAUAGGCCCGAUUUAUCGGUGUCUAUAUUUGAAAGACUUACUUUGCCUAUUCGGGAUAAUCCUUAUAGUCAAGAAACUGCUGCUAGUCCAGCUCUUCCUGAAAACCCAGGAGAAGCUGAUCCUAUUACAGAAAUUAAUAGAUUAUUUCUUAGAGCAAACACCGAAAGUUUGCAAGCUCUUAGAGCAGGAGAUACCCUUAUUGACCUAUGUCUAAAUUUACCCACAAUUAAGAAAGCCAAAAGCAAAGUAGAAGAAGCCUUAGCUGGCAGACCGUUUAGCAUACCUUCAAAUCAUGCUGAAGCAUUAGCCCAUAGAAACAGCCUUCCUCAAAGUCUUUCAGAAAUAACCCUAGCUAUCUCAGCAAUUAAUCUACCAGUACUAGAGCCGCUCAGUGCACCCAAACUAGACAAACUGUGUAGCUUAGCUAUGGCUGCACUUCAUUGUGCAUUGGCUCAAGCUGCCGCCAGCUCUUGCUUGUCUGCAGCCAGCGUAGUUUCGCCUAAAGUUGGAGGACAACAGGCCCAAGCUGCUAGUCUUAAAGAAGAAGAUUCAGAUGUGAAUGCUCUAAAACUAACUGAAGAUGUCAUAAAUUUAUAUUCUUUCAUUGGAAGUGUUAUUCAGUCCUCUACCAGAGCUGGAGGUCAUGCAUAUCAAAAUUACCUUCUUGCCGGGGCCUGGGUAUUAUUUUCAGGACUACAGACUCAUUUAACCCAAACUACCAGUGAAAAAACAUCUACGCACCCAUCCAGAGAUUCAAGAGAAAGAGAUUCAGUUGAAAAGGGUAGACCCAGUCCUAGCAAACAAGGACCACAAAAUCGCGAUUCUUCAACUAGUGCUUCAGGCAGUGCCAGAUCAGGCCUACAAAAAUUCCAACAGUGUUUUGGUGUUCAUGGUGUAGCCUUGGCUAUAGAGGCCUUGGGAAUAUUGUCCGAAUUAUUUGAUGAUCUCAGUUUGGAAGUUUGUGGAGGCUCUGUGGCCAGUGUUGUCACUAUUGAACCAGCACCUAUAGCAAUCCUGGGGCAGUUUACAGCUCUACAAAGAGUAGCUAGAGUACUCAGUGCUGCCCCCUUGAAUCAUUUGCUUUUCUACUUGUCCAUUGCCAGCUAUAGAAAAGCAUGCUCUCUAAAAAGACUCGUACCUCCUGAAGGCGACAAUUUCAGUCAAUCAGACUCUACUGCUUAUUUUGAAGACAUGAUUUUGUGCAGUGAUGAAAAUUCCACAGACGAAGAUGAUGAUAGUGAGCCAAUAUUGGGGCAAUGGUUUGAGGAUACCUUGGCGCCUCCAGAACCUUCAGAGCCGAAAUCGCCUUCUAGUUCAGAAAAUGCCGAUUCUAAAUCAAACAAUCAGUCCAAUCGUCCUCAAUCUAAUAGUCGUGGGAAAUUAGAUGCUGAUGGUUACAUUACAUUGGCAACAGGCAUUUUCCAAUUUCUCAAUAAGCACUUCUUGUGCUCCAAGUCCACGUUUGUACAAAGAUACGUGAAAAAUGGCCUGACAGAACAUCAAAUGAUUAUCUUGGCAGCCAUUAUCAGGGAUAUGGACCGCGAGUGGGCCAAAUCAGAACUUGGCGGGCCAUACACUGAAUUUUCAAGUGCCCUGAUGAAAUUCACUCACAAUCUAAUAACCAGCAACAAUCUGACAUCUUUACAAGCCUGCCUCUUGAAUCAUUUGGGAGUUUCACCAUGGAACGCUGAUGUGCCCCAUGCCUGGCCUCUACAAGUUUAUCCUAGAACUCUAACUGUUCUGGCACAAGUGUUAUUAUUGAGACCGCAAAAUGAAAAAGAAGCUUCUGUGAUAAGUAUUUGGCAUAGGCUUGUAAAUACCCUUAUUGAGAAUGUUUUGAAUAGUCCCCAAGUGCCUGGAGAUGGCGAUAUUGAAGAUUUGAAUGUGGAGCAUGCAGAAGUCCUUUUAUAUCUUUUUCACUCAUUAAAUUUGAUGCAGAAAAAAUCGGUGGUUCUUUUGAUGGCAGGGGGUGUACUAAGAUGUUCAGAAAUUGCCAGAAGCAACCUCAAAGACUCUCAACUAUUGAAUUUGUCCAGAUUACUUUUGUUGUUUGAUUAUAUCAUGAAGCAUUUGUAUGAUGUUCCAACGUCUUUACUUGAAAAAAUUCAAAGAAAUCUUUUUGAUCUCACCUAUCUAAACCCAGACUUUAAAGAUUCUGGCACUCCCAAACCUGAAGCUAUUUGGAAGGAAAUUGAGGAACCUUAUCGAAGGAUAUCCAAUGAAACCCACCCUACACCUAGAUUUUAUAAACUUUCCAAUUUAGAGGUUAGCAAUCAGGAAUCACCAAAACUGGAUGGCCUAGCCUGCAAUUUUGUCCUGGGCACCCCCGAUAAACUCAGGUAUCCCCUUCUACUGGAUGCCCUAAUAGAAAUCCUCAACGUUACUCACAAUAUCAAUGCUACAAGUGCAUCAAAAAUGACAAUUUUAGGCCUGAGUGCUACUCAGUACUGUUUCACUAUAUGCUGGAGACUUUUACAUCUUCUACCUCCUUCCACCCAGUACAUGGAACGACUAGCCACUGGAGAGAUAUUAAGCCCUGGACCUGUGCUGAUGCAUUCAUUGAUAUGGGGACCUAGAGCUGCACACAAGAAUUUCACUAGGUGGUUGAAAGAUUGUCUUGUGAAACAGGGUAUGUACACUCAAAACACAGACAAAAUCCUAAAGGCUGUCUCAGAUGCUGUUAACAACAUUGAGUACGAUUCAACAGUAACCAAAAGUUGCGUCAUAAGCCUAAUCCCAGACACUUCAAAAGCCAUAAUGGCGAAAGAAGAUCUUCCACCUUUGUGGCAAUUGAUUCUUUUGGAUUGUUUGGUGGCUAAAGUAGAAGUAUCUUUGGAAGAUCCCACUGAUUCAGAUACACCUCCGGGUGCAGUAUCAGAACGUUCUUGUGUCCAAGACUUAGUCCCCAACGUUAUAAAAUUAGCUAAAGCUAUUCUACAUUGCACUAGAUGGUCGAUGUCCCAUUUGAUUGUGGAUCAAAGUGAAAAUACUGAUAAAAUUCAAUUAAAAGACUUGGAAGCCUUGCACGAUGUCCUUGCAAUAUCAUCAAAAGACAAUGCUUUACUGAGUACUUUGGAGAGUGAAAUUGAAGCACACUUGCCCAAUAGCGUCAGCGCAGUGUUGCAAGAAUGGAGAGCGUCAUUUUUGGAAGACAUACUUUUGACAAAUCAUACCCAUGAUAUUAUUCCAUCUGAGAGUUACAUUUUGAAAAUCAUAGAUGUCCACAUUUCUUCGCUAUCAAAAGCCUUACCUUUCAGCAUGGAUUUGUCAUUGAAAAGAACUCUGGAGAAUUUAGUUAAAUUUGUAGUUCAACAUGCGCCAAGAAUUGAAAACACUGAUACUAAAAAUAAGGCUAUAGAGUUAUUGGUUUCAAUUACUACUGAUGCUAGAACUGAAUUUUUGUAUAGUGUAGCUAUUAAAGCAUUGGAUAAAAUGAUUGGGGAUGCUGAAACUGAUGAGAGACAAAAGAGGGUUUAUAUAAGGGUUUUGGAUCAUACUUAUAAUUUAUUAAUGAACUACACAAGUGUGACUGGAGAUCAAAAAUGCCUGGUAGAUGAGCAAAUUUUGCACAGUUGCUUGAAAUUCUAUGAAAAAAUCAUUGAAAAAAGCUCUGGAAGACAGGCCUUAGAAACUUUCUUUACAGGUGACAAAGACUUGGUAAAAGUCCUAAUGUCAGUAUCAAGUCCGCGUAUGUCGCAACAAUACAGCACCAGAGUAUUGCACUUUUUCAAUAAACUAUUCCAAGCGGCUGAAAAAAGCUCUACAGAUCCCAGUCUGAAUUAUUUAUGCUCCAGCAUGGGUAAGUUGGCUGAUGUGGAAAACGAAAAACUUCAAACCUGGUUGAGGCACAUUAUUAUUGGCCCUAGUGAAGUAGAAUACAGGGCACAAUGCAAACAUAAAAAACACCCAAUUAAAUCUAGUUCAGACAGCAAAGAUUUGGCAACUAAGGAUGAUAAAAAAUCUUUGGUACAAGAAAAUAGCCAACUACUACAGGCAUUAACUAGCUAUAUUGUGAAACAGACAAGUAAUGUUGCUGAAGAUGUGUCAGUUACAAUCCUCAAAGCUCUAAUACCUCUUGGAGGUCACAUUUUAAGCCAAGAGGGCGUAGGCUUUACAGAACUGAUGGGCGUUAUGACAAUGUUGGCAGAUGCAGGCACUGGCAAAGGCCACAGUCAUUUAUUCCCGGCCGCCGCUGAAUGGGUGGAAAUUUGCGUGAUAUACGUACAAAGUCCAGAAAUAAGCGAAAAAAUUGCCAACUUCCCUGAGUUGCUGAUCAAUAACAGCAUGCUCAAUGCUGCUUCGUGUAUUUUGGAUUAUUUGAGUGACGUUAUUUUAUCUAUUACUGAACAACCUCCAAGAUCUGUUUCUCCUCAAUGGGAACAUGAAAGUCCUUUAGACAUUGAACAUGAUUGGCUGGAUGAUAACAAUGACGAUGAUGACAGUGGGGAAGAUUCUGAUGAAGACUCUCUGUGCAACAAAUUGUGCACCUUCAUAGUCACACAAAAAGAGUUUAUGAAUCAACACUGGUAUCAUUGUCACACUUGUCGAAUGCUGGACGGCGUAGGAGUUUGCACAGUGUGCGCGCGCGUGUGCCACAAAGGGCACGAUAUCGCGUAUGCCAAAUAUGGUAACUUUUUUUGCGACUGCGGUGCAAAAGAAGACAAUUCUUGUCAGGCUUUGGUCAAACGUUCUCCUGCUCCCGAUUCAACUGUGCAUCAGAGGAAAGACGACGAUCAUGCUGGAAGUUCUUUGAGAAGACGUACAAGUUCCCCAAUACCCUCAGACAAAAUAUUAUUUGAUGAAAAACGUGCUGACCACGAAAAAAAGAAACUUGACGAAUCCAAGGAGUUUUUAUUGAAUUAUUUGAGCUCCAGUGGCGUAGCGUCAUCCUUAUUAGAUUUUCUCCAAGGCCUAAUCCCAGCAAUAGAAUCCACUUGCAACCUAAACAGCCCAGUUGGUUGUCAUGUGCGCGGAGUAACAGCUUUAAUGCAACUCUACAAAUCAGGAAAAGCAUAUCUGCACACUGAUUUAUUAAUGGUGCCCACAUUAGGUUCUCAAGAAGGUGCUUUUGAAAACGUCCGAAUGUCGUAUGCAGGUGAUCAAGGCCAAACAAUCAGGCAACUUUUAUCUGCUCACAUCAUAAGGCGUGUGGCUAUGUGCUGUAUGACAACCACUCAAGGCAAAAGGCAACAUUUAGCAGUGUCUCACGAGAAAGGCAAAAUUACUGUGCUACAAUUAUCCGCGUUACUCAAGCAAGCGGAUUCGGCUACUAGAAAACUUACAUUGACUCGCUUGAGUUCAGCUCCCAUACCUUUUACAGUGCUUUCUAUGACGUCGAACAUUUGCAAUGAAGAUUUUCUUGCUGUAUGUGGCCUAAAAGAUUGUCACGUUUUAACAUUCAAUUCAAAUGGCAUGGUAACAGAUCAUUUGGUAUUACAUCCUCAACUAGAAACUGGAAAUUUUAUUAUAAAAGCUUUAUGGUUACCAGGCUCUCAAACCGAACUUGCUUUGGUUACGGCUGAUUUUGUUAAAAUAUUUGAUUUGAGUAAGGAUGCAGUUAAUCCACAAUAUCACUUUUUGGUCCCCAGUGGUAAAAUCAGAGAUUGUACUUUUAUGUAUGAUGAAGGCACUUACCAUAUUCUUCUAAUGUCAUCUCCAGGACAUAUUUACACUGAAAUCUUGAAUGAGGACAGUUCUACCAAAUUUGGUAGUUUUUAUGUUACAAAUACCCUAGAAGUCUACCAUUUAGACGUUACUGAUGUAAAUGGGCACGUUGCAGGUGGCGGUGUUUCAAUCUACUAUUCCCACACUUUAAUGUUGCUGUUUUAUAGUUAUGCCCAAGGCAAAAGCUUUAUUUCGCCCAUUAAGCCAAAAAGCAGCUGCCUUUCUGUUGUAUUUCCUAUUACAAUUCCUCAGUCAUCGGCCACUACAAAUGGUUCUAACACGAAAAGCAACAGCACUAGGAGCCCGAAUCCUCAACCAUUAUGCCAGUGGAUGGAGAUUCCAAACCACCCUGGCUUAAUUUGUUGUUCCAUGCAAUCCAGUAAUCAGCCAGUAGUGCUGAUGCUCAAACCCGACACUAUAUUAAUUCAAGAGGUGAAAGUGGUCCAAGGAAAAUCUAAAAUCAUGGAUAUGGUAGCCAUUAGGCACAAUUCUGGCAGUGAACUGAGAACUACCUUGAUUCUACUUUGUGAAGAUGGUAGUCUUAAAAUGUUUAUAGCCAACAUGGACCAAACAGGCUUCUGGAUGUCCAGUAAUAUACAAGCUACAGUCCCAAUGGGCACGCCUGUGAAACCGAAAAAGAAGAAACCCAUAAAAUCUGGUAAAACUUCUAGCGCUCCAGUGUUUCCUGGUGACUUUUUUGAACAUUGUACACAUAUGGAUGUGGAUUUUGCUGGAAACGAUAUGCUGCAAAUUUAUAAUGCCGCUCAACUGAAACAAAGGCUAACCUCUCCAGGACUGUAUGUGGUCUGUAACAAGGCCCAAUUUCAAAUUGAAAUAAUCAACAGUGAUUCUAAUAUGGUUAUGUGUGGUAUAAGAGUACAAGUGGGCUCGCAAGAUGUACAAAAAGCUCCCUCUUAUGUUGAGGUUUUUGGAAGGAUAAUUUCAUUUAACGUCACUAGAAGUCGUUGGUAUGAUGUACCUUUUUCUAGAGAAGAAAGCUUACAAGCUGAUAAAAAAUUAACGCUAGUGUUUGGUCCUUGUCAGGAUCCCGAACUCAUGACUAUGGUUGAUAAUAUCAAGGUGUAUGGUAAAGCAAAAGAUUCUUUUGGUUGGCCUGAAGAUAAUGAAGAAAGCACUUCUACAGUUCCAGGAAAUCCUGGUAGUUCUACUAGUGGUGCUGGAACAGGUACUACUAAUGAGUCUGAUCAUCAAUCUGGUUCCCCACAACAAAUAUCCAAACUAGAACGUCUCGCCAUGGAUGUAUUCAAAAGCUUAGAUUCUACUUUGUAUGUUUACUCAUCUGAAGAGAAAUUUGCCAAACUCAAGCCUACUGCAUUAAACAUAGCAACUCAAUUAUUGACUCUACCAACUCCGCCAUCAAUUCAAGUGCACUCAAAAGCCCUAAUGUUGACACUACAUUCUACUAAGCAACAAUAUCACAGCUACAAAGAUCAAGCUUUACUGGAACACGUUUUAACUGAUUUGACUAUUAUGACCGAGCAAGAAAAUUUCAACUCUGAAGAUUUGGACGCUGAAAGCUACUAUCGUCUGGUGCUCAUUGUAAGAGGCAUUGCAAUAUCUAGGCCCCAAAAUUUGGUAAAAUUCGCCGACAGCCACGCAUCUAUUCAGGAAGUUGUCCUAGAAGAUCCUUUGGAAGCUAAAAGUAAAGAAAAAUCUAGAAAAAAUAAACAUCUACUUUUGCAACUGAUAGAAGUACUUUGGAUGCUGCAUUCAUUGAAUCCGGAAAUUCCAGCUCUUGCGUCUGUGGUUGUUCCAGGAUUAAAAUACACUGAACAAGUAAUUCACGCUCUAAUUGAAAUAAUACAUGCGUUCCAAACUUCUGAAGCUUACAGCAACGUAACCAUGUCGCUAUAUCUGCAGCUAUUGCUCUGUAAUGAUCCAGUAAUUGCUUUUAGUGCUAAACAAGCCCUUUGCAAGGUUUUGAAGCCUCGUGUCAAACGUCGAAAAGUCUUCAUCCCUUCUCCUUCCCGUUGUGAUAGUCCUCAACCAAGUAAAUCGUCGAUAACUGACCAUUCUGCGCCCUCUACUUCGGCUGCAGGCAGUCAGAGCGAAGUCGCACCUCAACAGCCUGCAGUAGCCGCGCCUCCAGCCCCUAGGGGCUUUGAAGUCGAUAUGGUCAACGCCUUUAGAUUGUUGGAACAACAAGGCGUAGAAGCUCUAAUGGGUGGAGGAGCUCUGAUAGAUAUCCCACAAUUCGCACAAGAUGUCGACGAUGAUGCUAUUGUAGAACUUGCCAUUGCUCUCAGUCUUCAGGAUGAAAUGGCUGGAGCGAGUGGGGCGGAUCAAGCUCAAGCUUUGCAAAAUAUACAGGCUCAGUUGAUGGGUGCCGGUCAAGGUCAAGCGGUAGCGCAGGCACAGCAGGAAGCUGCCAAUUUCAGCGAUACUACUGCUUCUGCGGCCGGGUCAGAUGAUGAAGGUUCUACAGCUGCCACUGACGGUUCGACUUUACGUACCUCUCCAGCUGAACACAAUGGAAGUGCAGGCUCUGAAAGUGGUGGCAGUGGCGUAGAUAGCAUCACAGGUGAACACAACGUGUCCGGAAGGUCUUCUGCUUACGGAGACGAAAGUAACCAAAUUGCUAGGAAUACAGAAAACAGUUCAAAUGUGGCGUCUGCACAAGUGUCUGCUGAGCAAAAUCAACGUCCGUCGCAAGGUAGCGACACACUGGCUCAGAUCCAAGAAGAUUUGGAAUGCGAGAGCGAAGUUAGCGUCAAACUUCACAAUUUGAGGCUGCAGCUGUUGGAAAAACUUGUUGAAUACUUUCCAAAGCUUAAAAACGCUGACGGAGUCAGGACUAUACCUUUUUUCCAGGUUGUUUCUCAACUUACCAGUGAUUUGGAUGGUUCCUGUGAAAGGGACCGUACAUGUCUCAAUUCCUUACUGACCGCCUUAACCGAAGACUUACAAUUUACAGGCAACAAUAUACAAGCUAUUUGCACAAGAUCCAAAACGGGAGAAGUGCAUUUACUCUUAUUAAAAUUGAUUUCUAACCUAUUGCAAAGAAACAAGUCAAAUUCCACCACUAAAUCUUCUAGUAACUCAAAUGACUCUUCCAAUUAUGUGGCUCGUACUACAGCUACAUUUUUACAUAAAGCUGGCAUUAUUAGUUAUUGCCUGAAAAUCAGUCAAAAUUUAUUGAAUGACUAUUGGAAACAUCAAACCGAGGAAGAAAGUUCUGUACCUACUACUGGUAACCUACUAAAACCCCAUUUAACAUAUCCUCUGCCCGAUAUGACGCCAUUCUUCCUCAAAACACACUUAAAAGAAAAUUCAACUGACAUAUUUUCCAAUUAUGCACAUUUACUUACUGAAAUUAUUUUGAGAUUGCCUUAUCAAGUACAAAGGCUGUCUGAUAUUAGUGAUAUAACUGUAGUGUUUGAUACACAUUGGUUUAGAUAUUUGUGCGAAUAUAUGAUGACCUCACUUCCUCCGGCCUCAAGGAGAAACGCCAGGAAAUUAUUGCUUUAUAUUUGUGGCAAUAAAGAAAAAUAUAGACAGUUGAGAGAUUUACAUGCACUCAGCACACAUAUUAAAGGUGUAAAGCAAUGUUGUACUAAAGGCGGUUAUCAAGCAAAUUCUGAUCUGCAACAUGCCCUAAGUUUGCCCUACGAUAGUUUAGUUGAACUUGUAGAACAUCUAAAAGCUUGCUUAGAUAUUGCUUUGUUCAGAACUGGAAACUGGCAACGAUUUUGUCUGCACAGUGAAGAAAUAUUACCAUUUUUACAAAGGGUCAGCUUUCUUUUAGACGAUGGUGUUGCUCCAACUAUUUUACAAUUACUCACUAGUGCUUUAGUAGUCAAUGCAAACCAGCAAAUCAAAAAGAGUGAGAGCACUACAAGUAAAACAAGCAGGAAAGAACGCGAAAAAUCUGAUGAUUCUGCUGUAGAGGCACUUUUUGAAGAAUCCAAUUGUGUCGCUCUAGUAGAGCAAAUCAACAAACAAGUGUCCAAAGAGGUUUUGGCCAGAUUUAUUAAAACCUUCACCUUAGAAAAUAAUACAACCGCUGUUAGAUGGCAAGCUCACGGACUUAUAGUUGCAAUAUACAAAAAUUCAAAACCCAAAGAGCAAGAAGCCCUAUUAGAAUUACUUUGGCAAUUGUGGCCUUUGGUGCCUGCCUAUGGAAAGAAAGCUGCACAAUUUGUCGAUCUUUUAGGUUACUUUUCGGGACAAUUUACUGGCAAGAAGGAAGGUGAAAAUAAAAUCGAAGAGUAUGUCCAAAAAGCUGUAGCAGUGCUGCAAACGCAAAAUAAAAUGUUGGCUCACCAUCCGAAUGCUAAUCUAUACGCUCACAUGUCUCAGUUUGUGGAUUUAGAUGGGUUUUAUCUUGAAUCAGAACCUUGUUUGGUUUGCAAUAAUCCUGAGGUUCCUUUCACUACUAUUAAACUAUCAUCUCUAAAAAUCGAUUCUAAAUACACCACUACAACGCAAAUAGUGAAACUUUUAAGCAGUCAUAUAAUAAGCAAAAUUACUGUACGAAUAGGAGAUUUGAAGAAAACCAAAAUGGUUAGAACUAUCAACAUUUAUUACAAUAACAGGACAGUUCAAGCUGUGGUUGAGCUAAAAAAUAAGCCGGCCCUUUGGCACAAGGCCAAAAAAGUGACAUUGCAAUCUGGCCAAACGGAAGUUAAAAUCGAAUUUCCUUUACCAAUUGUUGCUUGUAAUUUGAUGAUUGAAUAUGCUGAUUUUUACGAAAAUAUUCAGGCUAGCAGUGAAACUCUACAAUGUCCUAGAUGCAGUGCCUCAGUACCAGCGAAUCCUGGAGUGUGCGGUAACUGUGGAGAAAACGUUUUCCAGUGUCAUAAAUGUCGGGCCAUUAAUUAUGACGAAAAAGAUCCAUUUUUAUGUCACACCUGCGGUUUUUGUAAAUAUGCCAAGUUUGAUUUUACUUUGCAAGCUAAACCGUGCUGUGCUGUUGAACCAAUAGAAAAUGAUGAGGAUCGUAAGAAAACAGUAUCGAGCAUCAACACGCUUCUGGAAAAGGCUGAUAGAAUUUACAAGCAAUUGAUGGCUAAUAAACCCACUUUAGAAUCGCUAGUUUUACGAAUAACCGAGCACCGUUCAGAUAAAAAAAGUGACGAACUGACUGUUUCUAAUAAUAACAAUCCACCCAGUAAUGCUGUUAAUGCGGUUCAAAUGGCUCAAGUUAAAGUAAAUAAGACCAUUCAAAUGCUGGCUCAGCAAUAUUGUAACGAGUGUAAAACGAGCUUUGAAGAGCUUAGCAAGAUUAUACAGAAGGUACUGGCUUCUAGAAAAGAGUUGGUUACCUAUGAAAGAAAGCAUCAUGAUAUGGAUUUGCCAGAGAGUGUAUCUGUUUUUGAUGAUAUACAGGUAACUUCAGCACCUUGUAUUGCCAACAAAUGCUACGGUUGUGCCACUGCUGCGACAGAAUCCUGUCUUACUCUGUUACGGGCUCUAGCUUACAAUAAACCUACAAGACAAACCCUAUGCACGUACGGUUUAGUUCAGGAAUUGGUCUGGAACAAUUUGCGUAAAGGAACCGUGCACAAUCAAGAAGAUGUAAGAUUACUACUGUGCACUCUAACCAAAGACAAUCCGGAAGCUACUGACAACCUAUGCAACAUCUUGAUGACUAGAAUUACAAAUAGUCUAAACGGAAAUUUGAAUAACACCGAUUUAGGUGCUAGUAUCCGUCAUGAAAUCUCCCUGCUGGCCGCUAUGGUGCAAAAGGACGACGAUUGUUGGGAAUUAAAAAUUAGCUGCAUGAUGUCCUUGUUCCUGAAAGCUUGCGAGGACGCUAAAAAUCCAACGAUAAUGGAAAGCGUUAUUUUGCCUUGCCUGAAAAUCUUGCAGGGCUUGAUGAAAAUUCCUGAGCCUCCUAGUGCUAGUGGAGCUGGUGGCAAAAAAUCCAAAGACAAAUCAAAUACUGGUAAAGCCAGCAAUGUUUCAAGAGGUUUGCCACCUUUACAAGCUCCUAUGGAAGUGCGUAAAUUUUUAAAUAGAUCACCAGGGCAUACAUUUUUAGGUUGGAAAUCUCGUUUGCUGAAACAUUCUGAAUCGAUUACAGCCACAAUCCCUAAUGAAGCUACCAAAGAAGAAGUUCGUAAUAUUUACCUAUCGGAAAAAUACGCUAGAAAAUGGCGUCGUUACGUUAAAAAAUUGAGCGAAAAAGACUUGUUGCCUGUAAGCGCCUGGCUGGAAAUUGUUAUAUUUAAUCCGAGCUCGCGUCAAGCUAGAACAGUGGCUUGCCGCAUUGUAGAAUCUUUAUGCAACAGCUACGAACGCAAAAAACAGAUGAUUACCAUGUUAACUUGUUGUCUAACCAAAUUGUUUAAAGCAGGCGAAGCUUCUGCUGAAUUUAUGCAGCUCUAUCAGAGCAUCAUACAAGACACUCCUUGGAAACAAUACUUGACUAUCAAAGGUCUUCCUUUGGUGCUUGCCAACUUGAUGACCCAAGAAAUUGAACAGCUACAUAGACUGGAAGUUACUACACUCACCUCCGAUUUGGCUCAGGGCUACGCCUUGAAUCAGCUCACUGAACUGUUGGCUGGGUUCUUAGAGGAUAGUGCUAUUAGACGGCAGUAUAAACCUAGGCUUGUUGGUGCUAUUCUUAAUGGGUAUUUGUCUUUGAGGAGAUUGAUAGUGCAACGGACCAGGUUAAUUGAUGAUACUCAAGAGAAACUAUUAGAGCUACUUGAGGAAAUGACAACAGGUACUGAAGAAGAAACCAAAGCCUUCAUGUCUGUUUGCAUUAAAACAGUAGAGCAUCACAGUUUGCAAGAUAUUUUAACGCCAGUUUUCAUAUUUGAAAGGCUCUGUUCCAUCAUUUAUCCAGAAGAAAAUGACAUUGGUGAAUUUUUCCUCACAUUAGAAAAAGACCUGCAACAAGAGGACUUUUUACAAGGACGCAUGUUGGGUAAUCCAUAUUCCUGCACUGAAGCUGGCUUGGGUCCUCUAAUGCGUGACGUUAAAAAUAAAAUUUGUCAAGAUUGUGAAUUAGUAGCUCUGCUGGAAGAUGACAAUGGCAUGGAGUUGUUAGUCAAUAAUAAAAUCAUGAGCCUGGACUUACCUGUGAAGGAGGUUUACAAAAAAGUAUGGCUUGCUGAAGGUGGCGACCAUGAUGCCAUGCGAGUGGUCUAUAGAAUGAGAGGUCUUUUGGGUGAUGCUACUGAAGAGUUUAUAGAAACUUUGGAUAAUAAGGGUCAAAAUACAGUGGAUAAUGAGGAAGUAUAUAAAAUGGCUAAUGUUUUAGCAGAAUGUGGAGGUCUGAAAGUUAUGGUUACCAGAUUGGGUGCUAUACAAAACGCUUGGAGGGCCAAGCCAUUGUUACAGGUGCUCUUGAAAUUAUUCAGACUAAGUGUAAAAGUAAAUAAAUGCCAGGAAGUUUUAAUCGAGCCAGAAUUAGGAGCUAUUGAAGCGUUUUUGAAAGUUUUGCAGCUUUGCUUGGAAGGCGAAGCUGAUUCUAGUCAAUCUGCAGUCACAGAGCAACUCCUUGACAUCAUGGAAACUUUAAUGUCAAAAGCAACAUGUAAAUCUUUGGAGGAAUUUGGAAAAUUGUCUGCUACAUUCGGUGGACCCGAAUAUGUUAAGUCUUUACUGUCAUUUUUGGAGCAUUCUUCUGUGAAAAACAAUGCAGCCGUACUGGCUCAUUUAACCAGAGUUUUAGCUGCGUUAGUUUAUGACAACAAAGAAAAAAUGGAAAUUUUAUUGGAGCACUUUAAGAAAGUUUUAGAAUUUAAUAGAUACGAUUUUGCCCAUACAACAGAAGAUCAGCAAAAACUAGAAAUGUUUUGUAUGCUCACAAAUAGCAUUGAAAAGAAUGCCAUAGGCAAUACUUUGAAAAAUUAUAUUUUGUCAUUGGGUAUUGUAAAGGAUGCUCUCGAGUAUUUCACCAUGCACGCUCCAUGUGUUAAACCCACUUUGCUCAGAACUGACAGUGACGAAUUGAAAGAUUUUAUUUCAAAGCCUGCAUUGAAGUAUAUUUUGAGAUUCCUAACAGGCCUUGCUCAUAGUCACGAAAACACCCAACUAGAAAUCUCCAAAGCAGACACCAUACCGAUUAUUCAUCGUUUAGAACAAGUAUCAUCCGACGAACAUGUAGGCUCUCUGGCUGAGAAUCUUUUGGAAGCCUUGUGCACCAAUCCCGCUGUAGCCAAACAAAUAGAAGAAGUACGAGAAUUCACUAGAUCUGAGAAAAAACGUUUGGCCAUGGCCAUGCGAGAAAAACAACUGGGCCAAUUGGGCAUGAGAUCAAACGACAAGGGACAGGUCACUGCAAAAUCUGUAAUCCUCAAUCAAAUGGAAGAAUUGGGAGAAGAAACUGGCUUGGCUUGCUGUAUUUGCUUGGAAGGUUACAAAUAUCAACCAACCAAAGUUUUGGGUAUUUAUACUUUCAGUAAGAGGUGUUCCAUAGAGGAAUUUGAGUGUAAACAACGCAAAACUAUUGGCUACUCGACAGUAACUCACUUCAAUGUAGUCCACAUUGACUGUCACAUGUCCGCUGUGCGAUUGGCCAGGGCUCGAGACGAAUGGGAAUCCGCGGCACUGCAAAAUGCCAACACAAGGUGUAACGGGUUGUUGCCUUUGUGGGGACCGCAAGUGCCAGAGUCAGCUUUUGCCAGCUGCCUGGCUAGGCAUAAUACUUACUUGCAAGACGGAACUAGUCAUCGGGAUAUUGGUCAUGCUUCCACAAUUCACGAUCUGAAACUCCUUCUGCUAAGGUUCGCCCAGGAAAAAUCUUUCCACGAAGAUGCUGGAGGUGGCGGUCCUCAGAGUAACUUGCACAUGGUGCCUUAUUUAAUUCAUGUGGGCCUUUACGUCAUCAAUACUACAAGGGUGUAUACUAGAGAAUUAGGUGCACUGACAACGUAUGGUGCGAUGGAAAUAUCUGCGGAUUUGGCGUAUCAAUUAGAAGGUCCCCUGUAUAUGGCUACGAUGGCUGUGUUUCUCAAAAGUCCAUUUGAAUGGGAAAGUGAUCGGUUGAUACAUUUGUCAAGACUCAUAGUGAUAGCUCAAGCUCGUGCAGUACAGCCUAGCGUUCCCAGUACGAGUCUAAGUGACAAAUCAGUCAAAGAUUACAGCAUCUACAAGCCUUAUUUAGUGUACUUUGGUUUAAUAGAUGCUAUUUAUAAAUAUUUCUUCAAGGAUGUGGAAGGGAGUUUUGACCAAUGGCCAACAAAUCUGGCCGACUAUAUUCGGCACAAUGAUGAAGCUUUAAUGAAAAACUCUGAAAGAUUGCUUGGGUAUUACACCGAUGAGUUAUUGCCUUGUACUUCCUUUGGAGAAUUUUGUGAUGUAGUGGGUCUUUUGGAUAUCAUCCCGGACCCGGAUAGUUACAUAACUUCAGUCCUAGCAGGUGUGAAAUGAUAAUGCCAAGGACACUAGUUGAUCUAAUCACAAUUAAGGCUGUUUCUAAAAAUAUAUGCUUGCGCUGAACAAAUUCUUAGUCACAAAAUUUAAUGCUGUUGAAAAUUUUAAAAAUCCACAUGAUUUUACCCUAACUUAUAUUGUAUUUAACUUAUAUUGAAAAAAUAAACACU